AUGGAAGUACACCAGUUGUGUUGCAUUUUAAUAAUUAAGGCAGGGAAUUUGUUCAAAAUAUCAAAAUUAUGGAGAGAAGCAGGUGAUGCAUUUGUGAGAUCCGCAGAAUUACAUGCAGCAGCUACUGAUCGAAAGCACGAUGCAGCUUCAAAUUAUGCCGAAGCGGCUAAUUGUUAUCGGAAAGUUAAUCCACAGCAAGCAAUUGAUUGCUUAAUGAAGACUGCUGAAACAUACACGGAUAUGGGUCGUUUUAACAUGGCUGCUAAAUAUCAUUGCACAAUGGCCGAAAUUUUUGAAAGUGAAGCUCCAGAUAUGACACAGGCCAUGACUCAUUAUCAGGAGGCAGCUGAUUUUUAUAAAGGUGAAGAAAGCCGAAGUUCAGCUACUAAGUGCAUGAUUAAAGUUGCACAGUAUGCUGCACAACUGGAAGAUUAUAAAAGGGCAAUCAAAAUUUUCGAAGAGGUAGCUACUUGGGAAGCCGAUCAUCCGACCUUAAAAUAUGCUGCAAAAAAUCACUUUUUUCAAGCUCUUCUUUGCCACCUUUGCUUUGACUUGCUAGACACUCAGAAUGCGCUAAAACGCUACGAAGAAAUUUCUCCGUCAUUUGUCGAUUCACGAGAAUAUAAACUUAUCAAUGAAUUAAUUUCGUGUUUGGAAGAUAGAAAUCAAGUCAAGUUCACGGAAGUGGUAAAAGCUUUUGACAAAAUAUCACGUUUGGAUCAGUGGCACACAUCGCUUUUGGUUAAAAUCAAAAGAUCAUGUGGUGAUGAAGAUGAUGAUGAUCUUAAAUGA